AUGCAUCGAAAGGUUCUUUUAUGUGGCAGUGUCAUUUUAAUACUGUUCAUAUUAUCUAUUGCAUAUGUCAAUGGAGAAGAUGCAACAGUAGCUACUACACGUGCUGAUUCAUCAUGUGAAGAUGGCGAUUGUGAAAUGGGAACAACUGUCGAAGAAGGUUAUGGUAAGAACCGUGAUAACAAUUAUGAUAUCAUGGAUGAGAAUGUACGCUCACCUUUGGACUCAUUAAAUGUUUGGAUCGCCUAUGGUAAUGGCUGGAUACUUGACGAUAAAUCAAGAUAUCGUGGACAAGGACAUGGUAAUUAUCGUAAUAAUGCAGAUUAUAGUGAAGAAAAAGAUUAUGAAGAAACCAGUGAUGAUGAUGAUGAUUCUAAGAAAGAAAAUUAUAGCAAACAACGUUUAUAUGCACGUAUUCGUUUUCCUGUUCGUCAUUAUCGAAACUAUCGUCAAUUUCCUAUCAAACGUUUUCCACCACUUGUUUCAAUUGCUCCAUGGCUUCCAAUCUUUUAUGAUAAAGUUACUUAUCAAACAAUCAUUUUUUCACCAACAGGCGGCAUUUAUAUUUUACCACCAUUGAUCAAUUUUUAUGGCCAACGUUUUGCUGUUGCUCAACUUAUCAAGUGGGGAUAUGCUUCAUUAGUUAGUACAGGUGCAUCUCCACCACCUAAUGUUGAUGUAGCUCCACUUAUUCAACAACCACCAGUUACACCUGUUAAUGCCGGUGGUGCAGUUCCUUCGACACCAGGUCUUGCUUUUGAUGAAAAAAGAGUUCAAUUUACUGAUGCUGUUAAAACAAAUUUUCUUUACAUUAAACCAGAUUAUGGUCAAACUUUAGUUGAAGGAGGAUAUGAUACUUAUGAACCAACGUAUGACAAAAACUAUGGCUCGCAUUCAAAUUAUGAUACAACAAAUAAACAACAAGUUUAUGCUCAAGAUUGA